CAUGAAAUAAAAAGAAAGACUCGAAGCCUGGCCCUGAUCACAGGACACACUGAAACGGCCCUGAUCACUCACUGAACACGCUGAAAUGCUGCUUUAAGGAGCAUUUUACAGGAGAAAAGGAUAUUGGCAACUCAACUGUUAAGCCUCUUCCUGGAGAUCACUCUGAUGUCACCAGUGUAAUCUGAGCCUGGAGCUUUUGUUCACACUUUAAAUAGCAGUGCAGGAAUGAUUUUGCUACACACACUCUCUGGAGAGCCUGGGAGCCGCAUUCUGGAAGAUCCCCACGUCCAUGAGAGCAAAGCCAAGCCGCCGAGCGGUCAGCACCAUGUCCACCUCGCUGAGAGUCAGCCCGUCCAUCCACGGCUACCACUUCGACACGGCCUCUCGCAAGAAAGCCGUGGGCAACAUCUUUGAAAACAUAGACCAAGAAUCGCUACAGAGGCUCUUCAAAAACUCUGGAGACAAGAAAGCAGAGGAGAGAGCUAAGAUCAUUUUUGCCAUAGAUCAAGAUUUGGAGGAGAAAACGCGAGCCCUCAUGGCCCUGAAGAAGAGGACCAAAGACAAGCUUUUCCAGUUUCUGAAACUGCGGAAAUAUUCCAUCAAAGUUCACUGAGGGCAAGAGAAUGGAUAAGGACAUUAUCCAAAGACGGACAUUCAAAGACCAAGUGAGUUUGUGAGAUUCUAGCAAAGGCGGCGUGUGGCAGCUGCCGGGCCAGCUUCUCUUCUGUCAGGACUCCCAAGGCUGGAUGGGACAGGAGGAGCCCGGCAAGCUAGUUACAGACUCCAGCCAGUUUUACGCCUGUGGUGUUACAGUGGAGAACAAAAUGCUUUCAGCCAGAUUCAGAAACUUUCCCUGCAGGCCAGGAUUGAUGCUGAUAGCAGGGUCUGGACAGAUGUAAGGAGAAGACAGGCGGCUGGAGAUGACAUAUAUCCAGGGUCACUUUGUCAGGCCCCAGGACUUCACUUUAAACUGAACUUUUUUUUUUUUUUUUUUUAAUCAAACUGGGUAGGGGGAGAGGGGAGGGAGAGGAUGAACAGGGAGAUAGGUUCCCUUGCAUAAAUUGUUUACUGCAUUUUUUUGAUUGAAUGUUUGAAAUGUUGCCAAGCCUCAAUGUUGGUAUAGCCUUUUAGAGAUGGGUGAUUAAUUAUUUAUUUGCAUUUAUUCCAAUGACUGGAAGGGUGCACCACGUGGAUGAUAAGUACAAUUCCAAGGUAACCAAGAUACCUUUAGUAUCAGCCCUGUAAAAACUACACGCACCUUUCGGUUUGUAAAGGGUUUUUAUACUUUUCAAACGGGUUGCACAGAAGUUAAAAUGAUGGGGUCCUUUAUAAAAUCCAAAGUACUGUGAAAAAACUUUAUAAUUUUUUUUAUCUUCUGACUAAUGCUAAAAACAUAAUCUAAAUUUCAUAUAGUUACUACAGUCAGCAUUAGGAAGUGAAUGUGAUAUACUCAGUAGUUUAUAAAGAUGCUAUGGUUUCUAUAAUUUAUUAUACAUGGCAAGCGAUAUGCAACUAUAAUAAAUUAUUAUAUACU